AUGUCCGUUCGUGAAAGAGUAUCUCACGUAGCUGGCGUUAUGGCAUCGGGCUGGAAAUCUCCAAACGAAUUGCCUUGGGAUCCAGAAAAUACCAAAUUCCCCACCCGCAAAGAUCUACCCGAUAUACCCGGAGCUCCCAAGGGUGCUGCCUGGGUUUGGGGUAAAGACGAUAACACCGCUUCUGCUGAGAUCAAAACCGGAGAACUUAUUCCUCUAGAUUUGCCCUUCAAUGUCCCAGAGACUCCAGGCUUUGCCCGAGAGAAGUUCGUCCAUACUAUCAAGCCGAUUGUUGAAGGAAUCGCCUACGACGAUUUAUAUGAAUUUAAUACCCAGUGUGGAACGCAGUGGGAUGGAUUUCGACACGCAAAAGGGGAAGACAUAGUAGGACCAAAUGCUAGCAAUAAAUGCAGUAUUCAUCACUGGGCCGAGCACGGUAUUGCUGGUCGAGGAGUCCUACUCGAUUAUCGAUCCUAUGCAAAAGCCAACGGGAUUGACUACGACCCUUAUAGCGCACAUGCAAUUACAUACGAAGAGCUGGUCAAGUGUGGGAAAGCCCAAGGCAUCGAUAUCAGACCAGAAGCCCAAGGCGGAGAUAUAAAAGUCGGCGAUAUCCUACUGAUCCGAUCAGGAUGGGUUGAAAGCUACCACGAACGCAGCCCCAAAGAGCGCAAGGAUCUUGCUCUCCGGCCACACUCAGCCGGACCUGACGAUGGACAAAAGUAUGCUGGUGUUGCACAAGAAGAUGAUAUGCUCGACUGGCUGCAUGAUUGUUACUUUGCGGCUGUUGCUGGGGAUGCACCGGCAUUUGAGCGCUGGCCAACCCCUGUAUCGUACUAUCUGCAUGAAUACAUCCUUGCCCUGUGGGGGAUGCCACUUGGUGAGAUGUGGGAUCUCGAGAGGCUUGCGAAGAAAUGCAGUGAGACAGGCCGUUGGUUUUUCUUCUUGACAAGUGCGCCGUUCAACGUCCCAGUCCCGCCUAAGAAGGACUAA